UGGGCCAUGUAAAGCUUUUUGUGAGUGCGCACUGCUCUCCUGUACCUCCGGCGCUGCCGCCAGCUUCCUGAGGACCAGCGUUAGCAAGGCUGCCCUUGGUCCUCCAAAUGCUGACCACGGUGAUGCGGUACUGUUGAGAUGCAACGAGGCUGAGCCGGGCGGAGUGAAGCUCCCAACGGGCCCCAGGAAACAGCUAUCACCAUGAGAAGACUUCUUGGAACUGUGAAGGGGUCUGCGUGGCUCGGGCUCAGCCCCGGUGCCUGCCGGAGCUUCCCAUCCCUCACGCUCUGCCAGACACGCUGCGCCAUGGCCUCUGUGCUGAUGGCCGCCCUCCUCUCCCUACUGCUGCUGCUCCUCCCCGCACAGUGGAAAUUGUGGCACAAACUCUCCAGCAGGACUCCCAUCAACUCUGAAGGGCCCGGAGCCCUUAUGACAGCAGCCCUGGAGCAGGUGACGCAGCCACAACACAGACCCCCUGUUCCCACCUUGUGGCCACACCUUGGGGACACGUAUGGGCAGGACAAGACCUAUUGUAGCUCGAAGUGCCCCAGCAGCAUCAGGAAGAAGAUUGUGACUACAGAGUUCAAGGACAUCUUCCUGGAGACCAUUCCAGUGCUGCAGUGGGCACAGCACGCCCGGGAGGACGAGUACCAGCGUCUCCGGAGAUACACAGGGGCUCACGGCUGGAAGGAAGUCAGCUGGGAUGUCCUGAAGGCAUCUCUGUCCCUUCUGAACACGUCAGCCAACGGGUUCCUGUUUGACACCCGCAGCCAGGGGCCGGGUGCCCCUGCGCCCUGCAUCCGCUGUGCAGUGGUGGGCAAUGGUGGCAUCCUCAACGGCUCCCGCAUGGGCCGCACCAUCGAUGCCCACGACUACGUGUUCAGGGUCAAUGGGGCCAUCACUGCAGGCUUUGAGAGGGAUGUCGGCAACAGGACGUCCUUCUACGUCUUCUCCACCAACACCAUGAUGAACUCGCUGAACAGCUAUGCUGCGGAGGGCUUCCAGCACCCUCCCCAAACGCUGGAGACCCGGUAUGUCUUCCUCCCGGAUCACGACCGAGACUACCUGCUGCUCUGGGCAGCUGUGACCCACCAGCGUGUGGACAGGGGCAGGGACAAGGGGGCCUGGCCCCAGAAGUAUUUUGGACGGGACCUGCUGGCAGAGAAGUUUAAGAUGCUCCACCCAGACUUCAUCCGUUAUCUCAGGAACCGAUUCCUCUGGGCCGACAUCUUGGCCACUCCGCAGUGGAAGCUGUACCGGCCCUCCACCGGGGCCGUGAUGCUCCUGGCUGCCAUCCACAACCGUGACGAG